AUGGCCACCGCCUGGCUGGCCCGAGUGCGGCGCCUCAACGCCCACAACCUGACAACAUUCCGAGAUGCACCCCUGGCCGAGAUAUCCGGAUCUCUUGGCGAUUUGGGCACGCUGCUGCCCCUGAUGAUUGCCCUCGCGGCCAAGGGGUACAUCGACCUGGGCUCGACGCUGGUCUUUUCGGGUUUCUUCAAUGUUCUCACCGGAGUCGUCUUUGGCAUUCCCUUGCCGGUGCAGCCCAUGAAGCCUCUCGGUUGGAUCCAUCCCGCGCUGGACAACCGCGUCUGGGCCCUGGCGGCCUUCCUUGUUCUCAUCUUGACGCAGAACAUGCCUCGCUUCCCCUACGCCCUGAGCUUCUUCCUCCUGGCGCUGGUGCUGGCUCUCAUCCAGGUGUCGCUCUCCCACCAGAGCUUGCCUUGGUUCCACGUCUGGCAGCCACACUUUGUACUGCCCUCGUGGAUUGGCCAUGGAGACGCCCCGGCCUUGUGGAUGGCAAUAGGACAGCUUCCACUGACGACUCUCAACUCCAUCAUCGCCGUGAGCGCGCUGGCCGCCGAUCUGCUGCCCGAUCUGCCCGCGCCCUCCGUCACCUCGAUAGGUCUGAGCGUGGCGCUCAUGAACCUGACCGGAACGUGGUUCGGAGCCAUGCCAGUCUGCCACGGCGCCGGAGGACUGGCCGCCCAGUUCCGCUUCGGCGCACGCAGCGGAGCCAGCGUCAUCUUCUUGGGCCUCUUGAAGAUUGCUCUGGGGCUGCUGUUUGGGGAGACGCUCGUCAACUUGCUGAAGCAGUACCCAAAGGGCUUGCUCGGCGUCAUGGUGGUGGCUGCUGGACUGGAGCUGGCCAAGGUCGGCCACACGCUGAACCAGGGUGCGCCUGAUCUGUGGCAUGUGUCUGUUGGCCAGAGCCAUGCCGAAGGCUUGAGAGAGCAUCGGCACCUGUCAGACGAAGAGCGUCUCGAGCGAUGGACGGUCAUGUUGGUGACGACGGCUGGUCUGCUCGCGUUCAGGAAUGACGCAGUUGGCUUCUUGGCCGGCAUGCUUUGUCACAGCUCGUAUAGGCUCUCCGAGAGGUUUCUGGGCUGGAAAAGCCGCCGGUCUAUUCUUUCCAGCGAGCGGGCGCCGUUACUACGAUGA